AUGGCCGAACCAAGAGAAGCCCCUUUCACCGCCUCGCUACCUUCACACCCAUCGAACCUGAGCGACCUCCCCACGGUCAACACCGACAGCUUGUGUUUUCUCACCAAUCUUGCAAGCGAACUGAUUCAUUACAUAAUCGAUUACAUACCCCCCGCAUCCCACAUCGACUUUGCAUGUACCUGCAAGCAUUUAUCCGCAUGCUCUGCAGAUAUUCUCAAACGCCAUCGCGACGCUGAGCUCAAGUACGGUGUGUCAUCUGAUCUAGAUCCUGCUACAAUUCCCACUCUUCUUCGAAGCGCAUACUGGUAUGGUGACCCAAUUUCUGCAUGGCAUGUUCGAUCCCUGGAAGUCUGGUACGACCGCAGAGGAUGGGAAACAUGGAAAACGCUCAACUUUGAAGUCCCAGUCGACCAGACUGCACAAUCACCAAUAGCUUGGGAAUUCAUACCUGGUGAAAUUGACGACUAUUUGGAGCGACUGGAGCAAGGACAGGGCAGUCUUCUACCCGAGCGCAUCGAUGAAGCGCGUACGCAGAUUCUGGAAGGGCAUGACACUUACCUAAAAGCCCUCCUUAUCACAAAUUGUCCAAGACUUCGCGAUGUCAAAUUCGUUAUGCCGGCACGCCACGAGAUUGGAGCAUUUUCUUGCCUUGGCUGGCUCGAUACCUUCAUCAACGACUCUCACAACAAGAAAACCUCUUGGGGUCCAGGCCUCGAAAACCUCCAAUCGGCCGCUGUUGGUCUGCCGACGGAAACAUGGAUGGAUGAUGCCUAUCAUCCCAGUACAGGGGAAUUCAACUUAGGAAUACUGACGCAGUUUCUCCGUCUACCCCACCUGGAAAGGAUAUACUUCAAAGACUGCGAAGGCAACGGGGACGACGAAACACCUUGGGACUCUCUUCUACCCGCCGGAACUUCCAGCGUUAAACAUCUUUUUCUGGAUAAUUGCGGCGAAAUAGGUACUGAUUUCAUCAGAGCUCUUGCAACCGCCCCGUCAGCCCUCAUCACAGCCUCUUUCCGUGCCGGCAAUGCCAUGCUUGAACACGCCGACAACCUCGUCGGCGACCUGGGCGUUUAUCAGGGAAACUCUCUAGAAAGUUUGAUGUUCUACGGCUACCAUGACGACCCUAAUAUCCACGGCUAUCGCUGCAGUGCCUUCCUCCCGGAAGAACUCAAUAAUCACAGAGCUCUAAAGCAUCUCUGCAUGAACAUACAAGAUAUCGAACUUGACGCUGCAGGCAACUCCAGAGAAGAGUGGGAAAGCGACGGAGCAAAGCUGGAACGCUGCUUCUUGGAGACUGUGAAGAAUUACGAAGUGCUGGUUCUCUGGGGGUCGCUCGAUAAUUUCCAUAACCAAUGGGAGCCAACUGAGGAACAAGGCUUCGAAGAUGCGGUCAUAUCCGUUCUCAACAAUGCCGAGAUGUGUAUGGAUGCCAUAUAUUUGGAAAACGUAGAGAGAAGUAGUGGACCUAUUUUUGGGCAAGGAACGGUACCUCGAGCUAAUGAGAAGGACAAGGUUUGGUUCCGCCGCGCGAUUGAAGUAGCAAGGAAGAGGGGUGUCGAUCUUCAUACGCUCACGAAUCGCAACAAGCCGCGUAAUCAGAUCGAGUUUCCCGAAGCGCCUGAUAGGUACGAUCUUAAGACUGGUCCGUGGGGUGAGAGACCAGAGGAUUGGGUCUUCAAUGUAUAUACUGGUCGUAGGGAACCGCAAGGGUGUGGGAGAUGUGGAGAUUGUGACGUUUGCUUUGGGUAUUACAGUAAAGAGUUAUGGAAUGGCCUGAAGAUGGAGCCAAGAAAGGUAAGAUAUGAUGGGAAGAACGAGGAUGGAACUGAGGAUGAAGACGACUAG